CUUCUCGCGAGAGCCAGUGGUAGCAUGACGUCACAGAACUUCUAGAUUCUCAUUGGCUACAGAAUGGCUCACAGGAGCCAAUCCUAAGAUGCAGAGGAAGCAAACCCGGAAACGAAGUUCUCGGCGAGGUUCUCUCUGUGAAAGGUUAGAAAGAAACAAUGUAGACAUAAUUCAUCUCUUUAAAGAUUGCGCCCUAGUACUUGAAAUGCUUUUGAGUUAGAAGAAUAGUAAAAAUGGAAGAAGAAAAGGUAAAGGACGAUGAAAGCCCAGACCUGGCAAGCUCUGUGGCAAGCUUUUCUGAACAGUUGAACCAGCUUGAAUUGUUGGAAACGCACAGACACCUGAUUCCCACUGGCACGCAGAGUCUCUGGGCAGGCAAUUCUGAUGAUGAUGAUGAGCAAGAGGAAAAAAACGAAGAGUGGUAUCAACUGCAAGAAAAAAAGCUGGAGAAAGAGCCAAGCAAAUUGCUUCUUUGGGCUGCUGAAAAGAAUCGGCUUGCUACAGUGCAGAGACUACUCUCUGAGAAGGCCGCUGAGGUGAACACCAGAGAUGAAGAUGAAUAUACCCCUCUUCACCGCGCAGCCUACAGCGGACAUUUAGAUGUUGUUCGUGAGCUGGUGGCGCAGGGGGCAGAUGUUCAUGCAGUGACCAUAGAUGGCUGGACACCGCUGCACAGUGCUUGUAAGUGGAAUAACACCAGGGUGGCCUCUUUCUUACUUCAGCAUGAUGCAGACAUCAACGCCCAGACAAAAGGCCUUUUGACCCCUUUGCACCUUGCUGCUGGGAACAGAGACAGCAGAGACACCCUGGAACUCCUCCUGAUGAAUCGUUACAUCAAACCAGAGCUGAAGAACAACUCACGAGAAACUGCUUCUGAUAUCGCCAGGAGGACAAGCAUCUAUCACUACCUCUUUGAAAUCGCGGAAGGCUGUACAAACACUUCACCUCCGCCUUAAUGACUCUAGUAGUUUUCUUAAGUUUCAAAGUACCAGUGCCUCCCAUGUGUGAGAUGUAAAAUAUUCCCAUGUACAGAGAACAGAUGUCUCACUACAGAAGUUGUUGUAUGUAUCAUGGUUUUCUUCCAGGCGAGCUGCCUGACCUGAUGUCAAAUGUCUCUGAGAGGUGUUUGGGUGCAUCUGUGGUGAAUUCUGCAGUUUGUGAUUUUAUCAGAAGUAAUUUUACUGGACACGGGUAAUACAGAAACUAAGGAUAUUUUUUGGUGCUGAUCCAAGAGAAAAGUAUUUUUAAAUAUCCCAUACCCUGGGUCUUGUUCAGUUUAGCCUAUUGACUUGUAUUUUUAUAAACUAACUCCAAAUUUUCAUCUUCAACAUACUGGUGCAGUUCAACUGUCUUCUCUGCAUCUCCAUUGCUUUCCUUCUGAACAAGAAACACUAAAAAGUCAGUGACUUAACAUCUUUGUAAGUUUAAAAAAAAAAUAGUGGAAUGUUUAGAUGUUUUUUAAGAUGUAGGCCAUUCUGAGAAAAGCAGUUAGGGAGAUGCUUAAUUCUUGAAUGUUUUACACUGCCUCCCCCACCACACUCAUAAUCCUGUGGACAGUCCUACCUCACCCUGGUCAACCCAUGUGACCCUUACUGUUAUGACCAGACAGUGUCUCCAUUUAGACAUGCACAAAACUGUACCUUGGUCCAAAAGAUUAAAACUGCCCUCCAAAGUGUUCACCUUCCUUCCUGCAGGAUUGGGCAUUGCUCAUGAGUUCCAGGAAAUGUCCAGCACUACCCCACAGCCCUCAUUUUCUACAAGCCAUGACAAAGGAAAAAGGACAGGAAUUCUAACAGUGAGGAGUGAUUGUCAUAUGGGACCAGAAUAUCAAGUGGCUCAGGCUUUCUUAAAACAAAAACAAAAGCAAGCAAACAAACAAACAAAACUCAUAGUGUGGCUAGUAACAGUGUAAAUACAAAUAGAAUACAAGUUUGACGAUGCAGAAGGCAACCUGCAUAUGACUUCACCAGAUCUAUGGCAUGUUUGUUUAAUUACACUAACUUUUAAUCUUCUUGGUGCCUGCAACGUAAUUUUCGAUGGACUCCCUAGCCCCUCUGUAUUCCCAAGAGGUCUUCUGAACAUGAGAAUUUGAAUCCUAGGGAAAGGGCACUGAGGGCUCAUUGUCAACUUAGAAUACACCUCUAGCAUGUCUAGGAGGGAGUUUCUGGAAAAGUAACUGAAGAAAGGAUGCAUAUCCUGAUGUGGGUGGUACAUCACCUGAGCUCAAGUCCCAGAUUAAAUAAAGAGAGAGCAAGCCAAGAA